AUGGCGCCCGCAGCAACCGGAGGCAAGAAGCAAAAGAAGAAGUGGUCCAAGGGCAAGGUCAAGGACAAGGCCCAGCACGCCGUCAUCCUCGACAAGGCCACCAACGACAAGCUUCAGAAGGAUGUCCAGUCCUACCGUCUGAUCACUGUCGCCACCCUUGUCGAUCGUCUCAAGAUCAACGGCAGCCUUGCCCGCCAGGCUCUCAACGACCUUGAGGCUAACGGCCAGAUCAAGAAGGUCGUCGGUCACUCCAGCCUGAGCAUCUACACCCGUGCCGUCACCGCCGAGUAA